AUGCCUGGACGUGCCACAUUCAUGUCACCCCCUUCUGUUCUUGAGUAUGCACGUUUUCAUGGCCUUGCGCUCGACUACCGCAGCAGUGAUCCGUUCGCAUAUCUCAAUACUCUUGAACCUAAUGGCCAAAUUGUUGAAGUUGAUCCAGCUUUAUCCGAUCCAGUCUUUCUUUUCCUCAAACCUAUAUCUCAAGAGUCAAAGCUGCAGUUGAGCCGAGAAGCCAGUCAGAUUCUCUCCGACAGCAUCAAGGAUCCAUGUUCUGAUAUCUCAAGCCAGCACCUCGUUCCGAGAUUUCGCAGGCUGAAGAAUCUGAAGCUCGAAGAACCUCUCCUGUCUACUGACCAUCAGACUGACGUCUGGAACUUUAAGCGAAGCACCCCUGUGGGCGUUCAGCUGAGAAGUAUUCUUCUCCGAGCCGAACCAUUCCAACUUCCAGGAAGCGGCCAAUUGGUAGAUGAAUUCAACCAUGUUUUCCGUGGGCGCACCCAUGGAAAGUUCGAACAGGUUGGACAGGAGAGACUGCUUAUUUCCAGAGGAACUCUGUCUCGUAUAUCGAAGGUUUGCCUAGAUGAUUGGAACGAAAUGGAUAAGUAUGAUGACCUGAUGGUGAGACUGGAUUUGAAGAAGGUCAGUGGCGCUAUCUUAGCGGAUGUCGAAAUAACAGGGAACAGGGCAUAG